AAAGGUGUGGCUAAUUAAUGAAAAUGGAGCUGCCAAUUACUGAGCAGUCGAACAGUCUUUCCUCUAAUAUUGAUAUUCAGGGCAGUGAUGGGAUUCUACGUAUAUUAAAGCAAUGUGAUGCAGAGAUUUUUAAUGGCUGGAAGCAGCACAAGUCACUGUAUGAUUUUGCAAGCUCUUUGGAGAACCUUUCUAUAAUGGCAGCUAAAAUCAUAAAAAAUGACAGAGGAAUAGUAGUCAUGUCAGGCUGCGGCACUUCUGGACGAUUAGGAUUCAUUACAGCAAGGUCAUUCAAUCAGGUGUUUCCUGGCAAAUUCCAUUACACUAUUGCUGGAGGUGACAGAGCUCUCCUUCUCUCAACUGAGGCCCCUGAAGACUCCUGGACAGAUGGAGUCAGGGAUUUAGAAAAGGUUUCUACUUCUUUUGAAGAAGUUUUGUUUAUAGGAAUCACUUGUGGACUCUCAGCUCCAUACGUUGCGGGGCAGCUGGAUUAUUGUAUGAAGCACUUGGAAAAAUUUUGCCCUGUACUCCUUGGUUUUAAUCCUGUCGAACUAGCAAGACAAGUCUCUAUUAGGAACUGGGACAAAACGUUUUAUGAUGUUGCAACGGCAAUGAGGUCUUUAGGAGAGCCCAAGUGUUACAUCAUUAAUCCAGUGAUUGGGCCAGAACCUAUUACUGGGUCUUCAAGGAUGAAGAGUGGAAGUGCAACUAAAAUAAUACUGGAGACAUUAUUUAUCCUGUCAGCAAACAGAGUCAUGGAAUUGGAGCCACAAUGUCGAGCUAGUGAUAUAUUCUUGUCUUAUGAAAUACUCCUUCGCUGCACUUACUUGCAAAGCAAGAGUAUAAGUCGUCUCCUAAAAGCUGCAGGAAACACGUUUUGUACUGGUGGGCGUGUCUGUUAUCUUGGGAGAGACACAGAGGGUAUACUGGGAGUUGUUGAUGCAUCCGAAUGUCCUCCAACGUAUGGAGCAGAUUAUGACGACAUUCGUGGUUUUCUCCAAAAAAGUUGGUCAGCCCUGAGAAACAACGAAGGGGAUCUGUCACAAAGAGGCCCCUUGUUUAAUCUAGACUGGGAGUAUUUUAAGGCUGAAGUUCUUCCUCUUUUAAGCGAAAAGGAUUGCGUUAUAUUUGUUGGAGUAUCCCCAAAUGACGCGAAAGACUUAUUGCAACUGAUACAAGAGAAAACGUGUACAAUAGGAAUGAUCACAACCUCAUCACCAGAAAAUACUAUCAAAGACCCUGCCAAUAUAAUAUCAGUCUCCAUUUCGGUAGCUAGUGAAGCUAUUGAGGCUUUGCUCCCAUCUUCUUUUAUUUCUUCCUCUCUCUUUACAAAUGCUGCUUCUUCUCGUUUCAUUGUCUCGUUAAUGAGUGGCAUGUGCAUUAAAUGGAGUCUCAAUGCAAUCAGUACAGGGGCCCACAUUGCUAAGGGGAAAGUGUUGGGAAACAAAAUGAUUGAUCUACAAGUGAGCAAUACCAAACUGUAUUAUCGCUCAAUUGGUAUCAUACAAGAGCUAACUGGUGCAUCCAGACAUGUAGCUGAGAAGUAUCUUUUGUUAUCAAUUUAUGGCUCUGAUACUGAGCUACCUACAACUGACGAAGAAGUUUUGAGUCACAUUUCAGCAGCAACUGGAAAACCACUGAUUGUUCCAACGGCCAUUUUAAUGAUACGUAAAAGCGAUUUAUCAGUUGAAGGUGCUCGUGAGUGGCUGAGGAACCAACCUGUUCUAAGAAAGGGAUUAAACAAUGAGCUUUGAUAUUCUUUGCUGCAUUAAAAUAUUAGACACUUUAUUUAAUAAAAAAUAUAUCUUGACUACUCUUACCUGUA